AGUCUUUCUGUAGUCAGAAAGAAUAUGGAAAAUAGGAUGUAUUUCAUGUAAUUCUUUAUGGACAAAAAAAAAAUGCCUCUAAGUAUUCUAGGCAAUUUGUAACUGAACAGACAGAAUACUGUUGAGGUAAACAUUUGUUGGGAAAAGUUGUUUUGAUCCCUUUAGCAUGCUAACCGCUAGCUUGCCAAUAGUAUUUUCCAUAGACGUUAGCUUUAAGCUAACUAGUGUUUUCAUACAUUUUGAUGUGUAAUGUUAUGUGAUUUCACUGAGACAAUUAAUGUUUUUUUAGUGAGAUGCUGUAUUUUCUGUAUGUCUACUUAGUUUUCUCUUUCCAUCUUGCCAGUAAGCUGAGGUCUGUUAGUUUCUGUGUUUAUCUCCCCCACUCUCGGCAUCCUGAUCACCCCACACCUCCCUUCCCCCUCGCAGUUUCGGGCAUUUUUUAAAAUUUGGCAGUGGGUGGAGCUACGUAACAAGGAGGGAGCGUCAGCGUAGUUACACUUUAUAGCCUGUGUUCAAACUGAAACUGUUCACUGUUAUCCAGGUGUGUUCUACUGUACAGUAGGAUAUAUUUUAUUGUUAAAGGCAAAGGUUGAUAGAAAAUUUAAAUACUAGAAAGUUUUUGCGUCUUUGUUAAACAGAUUUUGUUAAACGUCGUAGACAAAAUAAGUAAAAGUGGCCUUUCACACUUUCCGUACUGAUUCCGUGGUACGAGCAGCACGACACGUUUUUAAACAGAGCGCGCUUCUUCAUGCAGGAGGAGCUGACUUGGCGACAAUAAGAGGGACAUAAAAGGGCGUCGACACAAAGAACAAGAGGUCCAGUUUUGCGGGUCUGAUUGCGGCUAUCCUGGAUAAGCGGAACAGUUUUAACGUUACUGUGAAGAGGAAAAUGGCGCAGCAGGGAAAUCAGCUGGACCGAGAGAAAUUCUCUUGUUCCAUCUGUCUGGAUUUACUGAAGAAUCCGGUGACUAUUCCCUGUGGACACAGCUACUGUAUGAACUGUAUUAACACUCACUGGGAUAGAGAAGAUCAGAAACGAAUCUACAGCUGCCCUCAAUGCAGGAAAACUUAUACACCGAGACCUGUCCUGGAGAAAAACAUCAUGUUUGCUGAUUUAUUAGAAGACCUGAAGAAGACUGGACUCCAAGCUGCUCCUGCUGAUCACUGCUAUGCUGGACCUGAAGAUGUGGUCUGUGAUUUCUGCUCUGGAAGAAAACUGAAAGCCAUCAAGUCCUGUUUAUUCUGUCUGGCCUCUUACUGCAAGAAACACCUUCAGCCUCAUUAUUAUGUGGCUCCAUUGAAGAAACACAAGCUGGUGGAGCCCUCCAAGAACCUCCAGGAGAACAUCUGCUCUCGUCAUGAUGAGGUGAAGAAGAUGUUCUGCCGUACUGAUCAGAAGUGUAUCUGUUAUCUCUGCUCCAUGGAUGAACAUAAAGGCCACGACACAGUCUCAGCUGCAGCAGAAAGGACUGAGAGGCAGAGAGAGCUGGAGGUGAGUCGACAACAAAACCAGCAGAGAAUCCAGGACAGAGAGAAAGAUGUGAAGCUGCUUCAACAGGAGGUGGAGGCCAUCAAUCGCUCUGCUGAUAAAACAGUGGAGGACAGUGAGAAGAUCUUCACUGAGCUGAGACGUGUCAUCCAGAAAAGAAGCUGUGAUGUGAAGCAGCAGAUCAGAUCCCAGCAGGAAACUGCAGUGAGUGGAGUCAAAGAGCUUCAGGAGAAGCUGGAGCAGGAGAUCACUGAGCUGAAGAGGAAAGACAUUGAGCUGAAGCAGCUCUCGCACACAGAGGAUCACAUCCAGUUUCUACACAACUACCCCUCACUGUCAGCACUCAGUGAGUCUACACACUCAUCCAGCAUCAAUAUCUGUCCUCUGAGAUACUUUGAGGAUGUGACAGCAGCUGUGUCAGAGCUCAGAGAUAAACUACAGGACAUUCUGACAGACAGAUGGACAAACAUCUCACCAACAGUCACUGAUGUGGAUGUUUUACUGCCACAACCAGAAGGAGAACCAAGGAGCAGAGCUGGAUUCUUAAAAUAUUCAUGUGAAAUCACACUGGAUCCAAACACAGCACACACACAGCUGUUACUGUCAGAGGGAAACAGAAAGGUGACAGAUUUGGAUCAACAUCAGUCUUAUUCUAGACAUCCAGACAGAUUCUGUGGAUGGCGUCAGGUUCUGAGUAGAGAGAGUCUGACUGGACGUUGUUACUGGGAGGUGGAAAUAAAGGGACACCUUUGUGUUGCAGUCGCAUACAAGAGUAUCAGCAGAAAAGAGAAAAUAUGUGAAUUUGGACAUAAUGACAAAUCUUGGGCGUUGUGUUGUUUACAAAAUGGUUAUAGAUUUUACUACAAAAGAAAGGAAACCUCCAUCCCACUUCGUCGGUACUCCAGAGUAGGAGUGUACCUGGAUCACACAGCAGGUAUUCUUUCCUUCUACAGCGUCUCUGAAACCAUGACUCUCCUUCACAGAGUCCAGACCACAUUCACUCAGCCGCUCCAUGUUGGAGUUGGGACGUGGAGUUCUCAAAGCUCUGCUGACUUCAUUAAAAUGAAAUAGUUAUUUUCUGCUUGUUGCUGAGACUUCAUUGUUGUGAUGUCUCUGCUCUGCUGUUCUGUUGUUUAUUUGGCUUUUUUUUUUUUUCAUUUGCUGGUUUUUCCUGAUUUUUUUUUUUUUUUUUUUUUUGGAGGAAAUCACAGCUAAUGAUGAUUUUUAUUUCCAUCAACAUGAAAAUCUGAAUUUCUACGUUAUCUACAUAUGUGUUGAAUAUUUGAUGUAUGUUGUUUCUCUUACACUUCAUGGCGCCAAACAGAAAUCAGCAGACCUUCAUCACACAUUAUUUUACUCUCUACACUGGACAUGUAAAAAUCUUUUUUUUUUUUUUUUUUCCUUUUUCUU